AUGGAAAGUUGUAAUCUAUUCUUCGCGCUUUUUUUUUCAAACGAAUUUGGUUUCACAAAGCACAUUGUUCUGGAUUUAUCUUCUAUCCACCCGACACUUAUUCCCCUUGCUCUAUCGAUCUGUUACGGUCGAAUCACACUGAAAACAAGGGUUCACAUACGAUCGUCGAACUGUGGGAACCAUUCUGUUCAUAUCUAUCUAUCUAUCUAUCUAUCUAUCUAUCUAUCUAUCUAUCUAUCUAUCUAUCUAUCUCAUCUGUUCAUAUCUAUCUAUCUAUCUAUCUAUCUAUCUAUCUAUCUAUCUAUCUAUCUCAGUCUGUUCAUAACUAUCUAUGUAUCCCAGUCUGUUCAUAAUUAUCUAUCUCAGUCUGUUCAUAUCUAUCUAUCUAUCUAUCUAUCUAUCUAUCUAUCUAUCUAUCUAUCUAUCUAUCUAUCUCAGUCUGUUCAUAUCUAUUUAUCUAUAUCAUUGUGUUCAUAUCUAUCUAUUUCUAUAUAUCCCUGUUUUCAUGUCUACUUAUCUAUUUCAUAUCUAGCUAUCUAUCGCAUUGUGUCCAUAUCUAUCUAUCUAUCUAUCUAUCUAUCUAUCUAUCUAUCUAUCUAUCUAUCUCAUUUUGUCCAUCUCUAG